UUAGGUAGUUGGGAGGACCGGAAGGAUGGCGAGGAAGUAGGAGAGGGUUUCCUGAGAUGAAAGAUUACUUCCGUCCGGGCUCCGGGCUCUGGCCUCUCUCUGGAGCCGGCUCGGUGGGGGUUGGGGAGCGGGGUGCGCCAGGCUCCGGGGCCGCGCCUUGCCACCUGCAGCGCCCGGGGCGGCCGGGACGCGCUCGGCCCUGCCUGGGGCUCCCGCGGGGAAUCCUUGCAGGUGGAAGUGAAGAGCACUUCCAAGAGCCCAAGCCAUGGUGGCCAAACAGCGAAUCCGGAUGGCUAACGAGAAGCACAGCAAAAACAUCACCCAGAGAGGGAACGUAGCCAAAACCCUGAGGCCGCAGGAAGAGAAAUACCCUGUGGGACCCUGGCUGUUGGCACUGUUUGUUUUCGUUGUCUGUGGCUCAGAGGAAAGACGGAGGACAUGCGUCGGCUCCAGAACUCCUGCCGUAAGAUCUGAGAUGGACAACCUGGAAAAGAUAUCUCAUCAGCCAUUGGCUCCCUCAAGCCAUCUUUCAGAUCAUUCAGAGCAUAAGGAUGGGCAUGUGACAAGGCCCGGGAUUUGACACGGCCCCUCCCGGCGCAGGGUCGAGGACCACUUCAGCUCUUAGCGGGAUAUCUGUGGGAAGCAACCAAGCCACAGAAUAGGAAAAAAAAAAAAAAAGCCUCCCGCAACUGUUCCCUGAUCCCUUCAUCGUGGAUGUCGGACCAAAUUGCCUCUCACAGGACAUCUUGGUACAUCCGCGUUCUGGAGCGGAAAAAAAACCUUUUGCUUUUCUGUUGGCAGAUUGGUAGCUUCAGGCAUCUUCAGCUGCGCUGUUUGGUUUUUCCCUUGGUUUCACGAAUGUACGCAUGUGGCCCUCUGAAUGCUCACUGGUUUACUUUCUGUGGAUAAAAUCUCUCUUCCAUUGGGAAUUGGUUUUACAAAUAAAUGUUAUUGUUCAACCUUAUGCUAUGUGUGAGUUACAGUAAGAAAACCGAAGUGAAGACAAUGUCAGAAUAGCUCCAGAGGGCUGGGACAGGAGGUGGGGACAUGGGUGCCCCAUCUGGGGAAGGGUCCCAGAGCUGGGGAAGCAGAGCUGGAUUUACCCAGCAGGGUGCUGGGUGACCCUCAGGGCCUUGCUGGACAGGAAUCCCUGGGCAGCUCUAAUGACCUUGCGUUUUUCCACACAUUUGACAAUUCCCUCUCUUCUUGUUUUUGGGUUUUUUUUAGGAGAGUGGGGGGCAGGCCUUUGUGUUGCUUUGUUGUUGUUGUCGUUCUUUUUCUUUUCCAUCCAGAAAAGGCACCUACAAUGUGUGUUAAAGUCCCAUGAACCUCUAUCUCCUCUGUUGUCUGCCGCAGGGCGUAGCGAGAAGCAGAUGCCUGAGGCCUCUUGGUGAAAACCCUCCGACCUCAGCCUAGCCCUGCUGUGAUACAGAGCAUGGGGCAGGCAGGCAGGAGUCGUGCACUCUGGAUGGUCAGCUGGGAGGGUGGGUGGGUGAGGCCCAGGUCUGGCAGGUGAGGACCCCCUCUCCCUGGCCAACCUUCCCCACAGCGUCUCCAAGUGUGAUCGGUUUGCCUGCAUGGGUAUGUGGGGAGUGGGGAAGAUGCACCUCAAAAUGCAGACUUUUGGGUUCCACCUCCAACCUGAUAAAUCCAAAUCGUUACAGGUGGGGCUAAGAAGAAAUGUUUGGUACCAGCCUGGGUGAGGCUUACGUACUCCAAAUUUUGAGAACUACAAUCCUGAGAAAGCCCAGCUAAAGAGGGAAUGAGGUUUUGUCCCAUUCUCAAGCAGUGAAGGCGGGCAAAACUUGCUCUUACGAAAUGUCUAUCCUGGCAUUGAACGGGGGCAGGAUUUGGCCUGCUGUUUCCAUGAGACUUCUAAUGUCACCUAAGGAGGUCAGGGACAGCUGCUGACAUCGCUGACAGGAUUAAAGAUGUUCACCGUGCAACUUUAAACAGACAUUUGUUGUUGUUUUUUAAAUUCCAUCUUUGU